AUGGCUUCACUUCUGAAUACUGUGUCACCAGCUGCAAAUUUAUCCCCUAAAACCAAACGACCCACUUGUGGCGGUUUCUUGCACUCCCAGGUUCCGAAUCUUCACACUUUUUCCAUGAACAAGGGUUUUUCUAGGGUUUCGGCUUCGACCCAGAUUGCCAUUACCCCAAAAGAUGCGGUUUUUAAUCUCCCCAAUUGGAGAGGUGGGAGGAAUGACCCUAGGGACAAAGAGUUAAGGGUCUAUGAUGCAUUUCUCCAUUUAGAGUAUUUGGUGGGUAAGGGCCAAAAGCCAGAGGUGACUCAAGCAACUCAGCUUUUGUAUGAUCUUUGCAAGUUUAACAAAGCUAGAAAGGCUGUUAAGGUGAUGGAUAUGAUGGUUGAUUCAGGUAUUAUACCUGAUGCAGCCUCUUAUACAUACUUGGUCAAUUUUCUAUGCAGGAGAGGCAAUGUUGGGUAUGCUCUUCAGUUGGUUGAGAAGAUGGAGGGGCAUGGUCUUCCAACUAAUACUGUUACCUAUAACACUCUUGUUAAAGGCCUUUGCAUGCAUGGUAACUUGAAGCAGAGCUUGCAGCUUUUGGAUAAGUUGAGAAAGAAGGGCUUG